AUGGUUUCUUUGAUGGUGCCAAAUGCAGAGAACAAUUCGAAGAGAUUAGAAUUCUUCAAAAGCAUAUUUUCUUUCUUUGCAUUCGAAGAAAAAUUACGUAUUUUUUUUCUCUGUCCAACUCUCUCGUUCUUUUCUUCUUCUUUUGUGAUUUCUCUAAUCUAUCUAUAUUUCUUUCUCUUUUUCGUCUGUCUUUGUCUUCUAUUAAUUUCUUUUUUUCCUGUCACUCUUCUUCUUCUUCUUCUUCUUCUUCUUCUCUCUCCCUCCCUCCCAGUUUGUCAUUUUACUUCCCUCUUCAAUAUCACGAUCCUCCCUCUCCUCCCUCCCUCCUUCUCUUCCUGCCAUGUGAUUUAUCUCCUCAUUAUUUCUUAUUCUCUUUCUCUCUCUCUCUCUCCCUCUGUUGCUCUUCUUCAUUCUGCUGUUGUCUUUAUGCACAAUUUUCUUAUUUUCCAAUCGAUUGAUCAAGAGAAUUUUCUUUUUUCUUUCUUUCUUUUUUUUUUUUUUUUAAUUUUUUUUCCUUUUCAUUUAAUUUUUUUUCUCCUUUCUGUCUUUCUUUUUUUCUUUCUUUUUCUUUGGACUUUAAAAAAGAGAGAGAGAGAGAGAGAGAGAGAGAUUUUUCUUUUUUCUUUUUUCUUUUCUUUUGAUUUUUUUCCUUUCAUAAUAAAUUUUUUUCUUUUCUUUCUUUCUUUCUUUUAA